CAUGCGCAGAUCUGAUGCACGCUUGCCAUGCGCCACUGCCCCCACACAUUAAACACGCCCGCCUCUGGCCGAGGCGGCAGUGCACUGGCGUCUGAUACGGUACUUACAGCGAAAAACUAGCAACGAUGCCGUUAAAGGCUACGCUGCUCCACAUCGGAGAGAAAGACCAAGCAAAUACUAGAAUAAUUCAGCAAAUGAGGAAUAUUGGAUUUCCAACCUUGCUAGGAGAUGCUACAGCAACUGAUCAUAUACCCAUCCCAGGGACUGAUCUACUUGUGCGCAUCUUGGAUGCAGUGAGUGCAAGUUGUCCAUAACUAAAUAUAGGUCUUGCACUACUUAAUACUCUUGCUACUGGCAAUCAGCCAAAGCACCAACUACGUACAAUAGUUAACCCUCGGCGCGCAUGCGCAGCGAGGGUUAGGUUUG